AUGAGCGACCGUUUCCUCAUUUUGCCCGGACCCUCUGCCUUGUCUCUGUUCAGAGUGAACAACUUGGUGCAAGAGUUGGAGUCAAAACUCGAGGCCGGUGCCAUUACUUCAAUUCACUCUCUCUACACCCAUUACGUCUCUUUGAAGAAGCCUUUGACCGAUGCUCAAUUGAAGUUGACGGAGAUUUUGUUGACCUACGACACUCCAGUUGACUACUCCAUCGGUGCCAACAAGGUUUUGGCUGAAUUGAGCACCAUUUCCGGAGAUGCCGAGGUGCCCGCCGAGCUCUUUGCUCCUUUGGCUGCCUCCAACUCUGUGUUGGUCAGAAUUUUGCCUCGUUCCGGUACCAUUUCUCCAUGGUCCUCCAAGGCCACCGACAUCACCGCUAUCGUUGGCUUGGGCGACAGCAUUGAGAGAGUUGAGAGAGGUUUGUCUUUUGUUCUCACUGCCAAGGAGGGCUUCCCCUUGUUGGAGAAGCUCCAAGCUCACGCCGACGAGUUGUUGUCCGGUGUCUUUGACAGAAUGACUCAGAAGAUCUACAUCAACGAGAACGCUCCAAAGUACGAUGACUUGUUCGCCCACCAUGCUCCUAAGCCUUUGGUCGAGGUCGACAUUUCGGGCGACAAGUUGAUCUCUGCCAACAAGGCCAUGGGUUUGGCUUUAGACCAAGGCGAGAUCGACUACUUGAUCAACGCUUUCAACACGGUUAUCGGUAGAAAGCCAACCGAUGUCGAGCUUUUCAUGUUUGCUCAAGUCAACUCUGAGCACUGUAGACACAAGAUCUUCAACGCCGACUGGACCAUUGACGGUGUCAAGAAGGACAUGUCUCUCUUCAAGAUGAUCAGAAACACCCACGAGAAAAACCCUCAAUACACCGUGUCCGCAUACUCUGACAAUGCCGCUGUUUUUGAAGGUCCUGACGGAUAUGUCUUCACUCCUGAUUUCCUCACCAAGGAGUGGAAGUCCAUCAAGGAGAGCGUCUUCACCUUGGUCAAGGUUGAGACCCACAACCAUCCUACUGCUGUGUCUCCAUUCCCUGGUGCUGCUACCGGUUCCGGUGGUGAGAUCAGAGAUGAGGGUGCCGUUGGUAGAGGUUCUAAAUCAAAGGCUGGUUUGUCUGGUUUCUCCGUCUCUGACUUGAACAUCCCAACCUUACCUCAGCCAUGGGAGAGAGAUGUUGGUAAGCCCCAUCACAUUGCCUCCUCUUUGGACAUCAUGAUUGAGGCUCCAAUCGGUUCUGCCGCUUUCAACAACGAGUUUGGUAGACCAGCUAUCAACGGUUACUUCAGAACCUUGACUACCGAGGUGCAAAAUGCCAAGGGUGAAAAUGAGAUCAGAGGUUUCCACAAGCCGAUCAUGUUGGCUGGUGGUAUGGGUGCCAUUAGACCAAAGUUGGCUUUGAAGGACACCAAGAUUACCCCCGGAUCCAAGCUCAUUGUCUUGGGUGGCCAAUGUAUGUUGAUCGGUUUGGGUGGUGGUGCUGCCUCCUCUAUUUCUUCUGGUGAAGGUUCCGCUGAGUUGGACUUUGCAUCUGUGCAAAGAGGCAACCCUGAAAUCCAGAGAAGAGCUCAACAAGUUAUUGACGCAUGUACCUCUUUGGGUGCUGAGGGUAACCCAAUUCAAUCUAUUCACGAUGUGGGUGCAGGUGGUUUGUCUAACGCUUUGCCAGAGCUUGUUCACGACAAUGACUUGGGUGCAAGAUUCGAGUUGAGAUCAAUCUUGUCUUUGGAGCCAGGUAUGUCCCCUAUGGAAAUCUGGUGUAACGAGUCCCAAGAGAGAUACGUUCUCGGUGUUACUCCUGAGAACCUCGAGUUGUUCAAGGGUAUCUGUGAAAGAGAGAGAGCUCCUUUCGCCGUUGUUGGUGAGGCCACUGAGGAAAAGAGAUUGAUCUUGUCCGACUCCUUGUUGAACACUACUCCAAUUGACUUGGACAUGUCUGUUUUGUUCGGUAAGCCUCCAAAGAUGUCAAAGACUGCCGAGACUCAGAACUUGCAAUUGCAGCCAUUUAAAACUGAAGGAUUGUCUGUUUCUGAUGCUGUGGAGCGUGUCUUGCAGCUUCCUUCGGUUGGAAGCAAGAACUUCUUGAUCACUAUUGGUGACAGAUACAUUACCGGUUUGGUCGACAGAGAUCAGAUGGUCGGUCCAUGGCAAGUUCCUGUGGCCGAUGUUGGAGUCACUGCCACUUCCUUGGGUGCUACUAACCUUUCCACUGGUGAAGCCAUGGCAAUGGGUGAGAAGCCAACUUUGGCUUUGAUCUCUGCCUCUGCUUCUGCUAAGAUGUGUGUCGCUGAGUCCUUGCUCAACGUCUUUGCUGCUGACAUUCCUGCCAUCGACAGAGUUAAGUUGUCUGCCAACUGGAUGUCUGCUGCUUCUCAUGACGGUGAGGGCGCUAAGCUUUACGAGGCUGUUCAAGCCAUUGGUUUGGACUUGUGCCCAGACUUGGGUGUUUCUAUUCCUGUCGGAAAAGACUCCAUGUCCAUGAAGAUGAAGUGGGGUGACAAGGAGGUCACUGCCCCAUUGUCCUUGUGUAUCACUGCCUUUGCUCCAGUCAGCAACACAUCUAAAACCUGGACCCCUGAGUUGAGAUACGUUGACGAAGAAACUGUUUUGGUUCUCGUUGACUUGGCCGCUGAAGUCAAGAAGGCUUUGGGUGGAUCUGCUUUGGCUCAAGUUUACAAGGCAGUCGGAGAUGCUGCUCCUACUGUUCACUCGAAUGAGCUUCUCAAAAACUUCUUGUCUGCUUUGAUUGAAUUGCACCAAAAGGUUGAUGUCUUGGCUUACCACGACAGAUCUGAGGGUGGUUUGUUCACCACUGUCACUGAGAUGGCUUUCGCUGGUAGAUGUGGUCUUGACUUGAACUUGAAGACUUCCGAGGACGCUUUGACAGAAUUGUUCAACGAAGAGCUUGGUGCUGUUUUCCAAGUCAGAGCCUCCGACCUCGAGCAAUUUGUCUCUGUUUUGCAACUGCACAACGUUACUGACAAGUAUGUCUCCGUUAUUGGUAAGCCAACAAAGGAGCAAUCUGUCAACAUCAAGGUCAACGGUGACUUGGUUUAUGAGAACACUAGAGCUAAGUUGCAAGAGUUGUGGAGUGCCACCUCUUACCACAUCCAGAAGAUGAGAGACAACCCCGAGACAAGUGCUCAAGAAUUCGAGGCCAUUGCAGAUGACUCCAACCCCGGUUUGUCUUACCAAUUGACUUUCGAGCCAAAGAACCUCCCUACUUUCUCUGGUGACAAGAAACCAAAGGUUGCCAUUUUGAGAGAACAAGGUGUCAACUCGCAACAAGAAAUGGCCUUCUCAUUCCAACAAGCUGGUUUUGAUGUUUACGAUGUCCAUAUGUCAGACAUUCUCAGCGGAAGAGUCAACUUGGAUGACUUUAUCGGUCUUGCUGCUUGUGGUGGUUUCUCUUAUGGUGAUGUUUUGGGUGCUGGUGCUGGUUGGGCUAAGUCCGUCUUGUUUAAUGAGAACGCUCGUGCCCAAUUCAAGAGAUUCUUCCAAGAGCGUGAGGAUACAUUCGCAUUUGGUGCCUGUAACGGUUGUCAAUUCUUCAGUCGUAUCGCCGAAUUGAUUCCAGGAACUGAGCACUGGCCAACUUUCGAGAGAAACCAGAGUGAGCAGUACGAGGGUAGAUUUGUUAUGGUUGAGGUUGAAGCCUCUGACGACAACAAGUCUAUCUUCUUGCAAAACAUGAAGGGAUCUAAGUUGCCAAUUGCCGUUGCUCACGGUGAGGGUAGAGCGUUCUUCAAGGAUGCCGCUACCAAGGAUGCUUUUGAGAGUGACAAGCAAGGUGUCAUCAGAUACGUUGACAACUAUGGCGCUGUUACUGAGAAGUAUCCUUUCAACCCUAACGGAUCUCCUAACGGUAUUGCCGGUAUUUCCAACACCAGCGGUAGAGUUUUGGCCAUGAUGCCACAUCCUGAGAGAACCACCAGAUUGGAGUCUAACUCUUGGUACCCUACUGAGAAAUUCAAUGAGUGGGAGGGAUACUCUCCAUGGAUCGCCUUGUUCAAGUCUGCCCGUGAGUGGGUCGGCGACAAGUUUUAA